CGCUUCCCCAGAGCUGGUGACCGGGAAGUGAUUUCUAAGACUUGGGCCGCGUGCAUCGCUUACUGGGGAGUCGGUAGCCGCGACCGCUGCGAUGACCAAAAUAAAGCGAGAUCCAGAUGAGCAGGAGGCUCAGCCGGAGGCGUCCUCCGGGGAUCGUACUUACCACGAGCUGCUGGUGAAUCUGAACCCCAUCGCGCAGCCCCUGGCUUCUCGCCGCCUCACGCGGAAGCUCUACAAAUGCAUCAAGAAAGCCGUCAAACAGAAGCAGAUUCGGCGCGGGGUGAAGGAGGUUCAGAAAUUUGUCAACAAAGGCGAGAAAGGGAUCAUGGUUUUGGCAGGAGACACGUUGCCCGUUGAGGUAUACUGCCAUCUCCCAGUUAUGUGUGAGGACCGGAAUUUGCCCUACAUCUAUAUCCCUUCAAAGACGGACCUGGGUGCAGCCGCAGGCUCCAAGCGCCCCACCUGCGUGAUAAUGGUCAAGCCGCACGAGGAGUACCAGGAGGCCUAUGAGGAGUGCCUGCAGGAGGUGCAUGCCCUGCCCCAAUCGGUGUGACGGACCUGGGCGGCAACCUGGGCACCUGCUCCAGAAGCUGCUGGUCUGGCGGCGAGCUGGCUGGCUACCCUCCUGCUGCCCACUCAGCAUCUCCCCAGCCCCUUGAGCACAUGUUUUUUCCCAGGAAGCUCCAACAGUUAUUUUGUGAAGGCAAAGCCAUCAUCUUCUCCAUAGUGCUGUUUCCUGAUGAAUUUCCUGGCAUUCAUUUCCAGAGACGAGGUGUGGGGGAAGUAAAUGCUCACACUAAAA